AACUGCGCAUUAGCACUUGAUGGGAAGUGCCUGUGAAGGCUUUGUGCUGGAUUUUGCCAUCAGGAGCAGAAUGCUGGGCAAGGUGAACCACGUAUAUACAGCAUUUCCUGUGGUCUCCUGACGUAAUGUGCAUUAGUUUUAUGUAGAAAAUCCAAAGCCCAGAUUGGAAAGGACGUCAGUACAGUCUGGGAGAGUUCAAGGAUUAUUUCUGUAAAUGAACCAGAGAUGCCUGUGAGGCUGUGCCAGUAUAUCAAAACCGUCACCCGGUUUUUUCAUUCUCAGCAGAUAAGGAGUAAACUCUUAUCUUGGGAAAUUUGAUCAAACGGACAAGUAACACUACACUUUUUGGCAAUAUAAAUUGUAAUAAAACUCUUAUAUAAGCUGAGAGAGUGUUACUUACAAAAUCACUUAAAUGUUUUGGCUCCAUCUGCAAUAUUUGAACUCAGCUCUAGGUUACUCAUGCUAUACUGUGCCAAGCUAAAUUGAUGCACACUCAAUUUUCCUAUUUCUCUAGAUGCAUAGUUAUAUUGGAUAAGAAUGGAAGAAAAUGAAGAUGAAAAGCCAAUCUGCAUUUAGAAGGGACAUAAAACUAUGUUUAAAGGGAUAAACCAGCCUUUCAAGGGGAUUAGGAAGCCAUUUCCUCUAUGAUGUGGCUAUUUUAUAAAUACCUCUUGUGGGAACGUCUGUGCCCUGAAGCAUCUGUGCAUCUGUGCCAGCUGCUGUUGGCAGCAAGACCCUUGACUAGGCUGAGGGAUCUGGGAAGUCAAUAUGCACCUGUGGGGGCAAGAGGAGGUGCAGGAAUAUCCCAUAGGGCACAUGGAACAGCCACAGGAUCUUAAAACUGCUCCAACCAGACUUGACAAUUUUUUCGUUGUCAUCUAGAGGCCAGAUAUUGCUGAAUCCUUAUACUUUCUGCUCCCGAGUUUUUCUAAUGGCUUUAUAAAAUAGCAGUUAAAAAUAGGAACUCUCAAAUGUUUAUUCCUGCAGGUACAUAGGGUGGAACUUAGGAUGCAGAAGCAGAAGACACACAAGAUGUUGCUUGCAGCAACAUGAGCAAACAGGUGCGAACAAGGCAUGGCAGCACAACAUAUGACAAAACAAGACACCACAGGACAACUUGGAAUAGCACACAGCAUGUCACCACAUGCAGCAGCACAAACAGCAUGGAACAGCACUUGACACUGUGUCACGGCAUGAUAGGUAUACCUGAAAGGUGAUAGGAGUGCCUAGAGAGUGGUGAGAGAUUCAUAGCAGCAUGAAAUUCCUAUAAAGGUAUGGAAAAUGUUUAGAAAACCACAUGAAAGUCCUACAGAACUACAGGCAACUCCUGGAAAAACCAUGGGAAAUUCUUAGAAAGCAAAACUGAAUUCCUAGAAAGCUGUGGGAGGACUCCAGGAAAACAAAAUGUGAAUUCUGAGAAAAUUGGCUACAAAUUCCCAGAAAGCUAGAGGGAAUUUCUUAUGAAGUAAGGAGGAAUUGCUAUAAAGCAAUGGAGGAAUCCUGGAAAGAAAUGCACAGUUCUUAGAAAGCUGCUGCAAAUUUCUAAAGAGCAGAAGGGAAAUUCUGGAAGCAGAAAGGACUUGUUAUAAAUAGAACAUGAUUACUAAAAAGCAUCAGGGAAAUUUCUAGAAGGUCAUUAGGGAUUUCUUGAAAGCAUGUGGAAAUUCCUAGAAAGAAAAUCUAAGUUCCUGGUAAGGGGAAAGAAACACUUGGAAAGCAGUGGGGAGGUUUCCUAGAAGGCAACAUGAAAUUUCCUGAAAGCUGGGUGGAGACUCCUUGAAAACUGGAGGGUAUAUUCCCAGAGAUCACUAGGAAAAUCCUACAAAGGCAUGUGAAAUUCCUAAGAAGAUAGAAUCAUAGAAUCAUUUAGGUUGGAAAAGACCUCUGUGAUCAUCAAGUCCAACUGUUCCCCCAGCACUCCCAAGGCCACCACUCAUCCACAUCCCCAAGAUCCACAUCUGUGUGUCUUUUAAAUCCCUCCAGGGAUGGUGACUCCACCACUGCCCUGGGCAGCCUGUUCCAGGACUUGACAACCCUUUGGGUGAAGAAAUUUUUUGUAAUAUCUAAUCUAAACCUCCCCUGGAGCAAUUUGAGGCCAUUGCUCCUCGUCCAGUUGGGUCCCAUCAGUCGCAGGCUCUGGUGGCUCUCUUGGCUCCCCUGAGGUUCCGCUGGUUGGUGAAACUCCCUGUGCACUGUGCUGCAUUUUUCUGCUGAUGACUGUGCUGGCACUGAGUGUGGAAAAAUGCAAGAAAACAAUGGAAAAAUCCUGGAUGAGCUGUCCAUAGUUCCUAAAGACACAGGGGAAAUUCUUAGAACAAAAUGCUGAGAAAAUCACAGGAGAAAAUCACUGUAAAGAGCAGGGGGAAAAGUAAAACUAGAAAGUAGAUAGGAACAGAUCCUAUAGCCUUUCCUGAAAUGGAACUUGUAUCUAGAAGACAUCCCUGAUUUUAGUGUCUCCUAAAUGGAGGGGACUGGUUUGGUGGACUGAGGAAGAGACACUGGGUGCCUGUGUUGGUGAAGCUGAGCCCUGACUUGCAAAGCCCAGCCCCUGUGGCUUUGCAGGAAGGGAGCAGGGAGAACCGGCUGGCUUGGAAGGCCCUUGACCUUGGGACAGAUGUUGACAAAUGGAUGGUGAAACUCAGGGAACAUUUCCAGCCUGGGAAAGUACUUUCUGUUAGAGACUGUGUCAACAAUGGCUCUUUGCAACACAGGGCAGGGAAAAGCCAAGGGCAUCGAGGCGGGAUGCAGAGGGAGAUGUUACCCAUGUUGUGGGAUGAAACAGUGCUGCCUAAUGUGGUGGGACAGGCACGGAGGCUGGAACAGGAUAACAUAUCCAGAUGAGCUAGGGUGAAAGUGGAUUUAGGAUUAUACUGUGGUUUGGGGUAAUCCAGUUGGAUCAGUGGCUUUUUCAAAAGUUUGAAUGAAAGUUUGUCAUGAGGAGUGGAGCAGCCCAGAGUUUAGACCUCAGGAUGGAUUCUUGUUUGGAUUCUUGUCCCAGUGUUUCACUGAACUUGGUGGAAUGUUUCUGACUACCAUCAAGCCCAGGCUGUGUGACUUGACUUUGACAACCAGCAUCUUGCCUUGGAGAACAGUUUAAUUCCAGAACCUGAAGGUGGAACUGCGACAUUGCAACCACAGCAGGGUUGUCUGGGGAGCUGCAGAUGGGAAAAUGCUGCCUGAGACAGAGCUUCAGCAGUGGGACAUUUGGAGUGGUCUGGUCAUUGCUGAACUGCUGGUUGACCCUCUCUACCACAGCUGGACCUGCUGUGCUCCUUGGGCACCCUGGGGCUGCUUCCCAUGCAGAGAGUCCUGGCUGGGCUCCUGUGGCUCCUUACAGUGAAGGUCUGAAAUGCUGCUGUCAGUCUUCACUAUGAGCAAGAAGUGAUGCUUCUCUUUUUUUGGAAGGAGUCGCCAGGCAGACAGAGCGUUCCUGGAGGGGCGAUGCUGCCGAGCCCUGCCCCGGGCAGAAGGAAGCCGGGAGAUGCGUGGCCCGGGGCGGGCUGCGGGAGAGAAUGAGGAGCUGCCUCCGCCUGCGCCUUUCCGAGAGGGAAAAAGCAUGGUAAGAGCUGGACCCGAUCCCUGGAGCGCAGCCCCGCUGAGCAGGAGGUGGGAUUAUUCCGGAGUAGUUAUGGAGAGCUAUAACCUGGCAGUGGAGUGUUAAAGCGACUUGUCCCUGCUGGAAGAGGAACCCGCUGAGGGCACCGCCGGCGUUGUGGCCGAGGGAAGGUCAGUCACGUCCUUCUCCUCCUCUCACCCUUCUUUCUGCAUCCAGCGAACGGCAGUAGAAAGAACUGGUAGUCGGCUCUUGCCAGCGUUGGGAAAAUACCGUGCCUUUUGCCUGGGAUGAUUUGCCCUGAUGUGCCACUUCCACGGGAUGUACAAAGUGCGACUGGAACUGAUCUGGCCAACAAAGUUUGCAGAGUGAUCAGCAGGGGCCGUGGGAUGGAGGGAGCUGGGCACGCACCAGCAGGGUCCGUCACACACGGUCUGACAGCACAGACCUGCUGCUCCCUUGAAAACUAACUCCUUGAUGGUCCAACUCUUACUUUUCCCCUGCCAAUUUGCACUUUCAGGGAAACCCCCCACCCCCCCACCCCAUGCAAUGCAGUGUUCCUGUGCUGGUUUUGUAUAUAAAAUUUGCUAUGCAAUUACAAAACUAAAAGAGGAGGAGAGACGGCCCUGCAUCCCAGAGCAAACAGAGAAUCAGAGGUGAAAGGUAAAAGAGUUUGAAACAAUGUGAAGAUUUCCUUUCUGACACUGCCAAGAAACAGAGAACUGAUGCAUUUUGUAACAGGAACGUACUGAGGAGAAAGGAUGGAGUGUUUCAUCAGCGAGACAUUUAGGGAACUAGUGAAAAGGCACUUUGUAUAAUACGCUUCAGUAAAUAUGAAGGGCUAGUGCAAUGGACACUGGAAACACUCGAUCAAUAGUCUAUUUAAGUGGGAAUAUAUGCAAGCAUGGAAAAGUGAUUGCUUUCCUGUCUAUGGGGUGUGUUUGGAGAGGACAGCAGCAGAACAUUUGCAGGUGAGCUGUCUGAGUUAAGCUACUUCAUGCUGGGGUGGUGCAGUGUGUUUCUGAAGGGAUUGCUAAAAAACCCAGUCUGUAGGGUGGACUGUGUUUAUGCAUUUUCAGUUCCUGCUCGCAGAGCUUUCAGGAUGUUUUUCAGGAUAAUUCAGAUUGGGUGAGGUCCAUCUGGGGGUGAAGGGACUGUAAGAAAGGACCUUUGGUCUGUUUGGUGAUGAGUAAUUAAUGGACGUCUGAUGUCUUUGAUCUCUGCAAGGCGAGGGGCUGAUGUCGUCAUGAAAAUCAUGAUAUGAUUUUCCCUCAGGAGAAACUAUGACUUGGAACGACACCAGUAUGGACGGGGAAGGGUUGCUGGCGGAAAGGGACUCCUCUUCCUUUCGGAUCCUCACAGGCUGCUUCCUCUCGCUACUGAUCCUCUCCACGCUGCUGGGAAACACGCUGGUCUGUGCAGCUGUCAUUAGGUUUCGCCACCUCAGGUCCAAGGUGACCAACUUCUUUGUCAUCUCCUUGGCUGUGUCAGAUCUCUUAGUGGCAGUUUUGGUCAUGCCUUGGAAAGCUGUGGCUGAGAUUGCCGGUUUCUGGCCUUUUGGUUCAUUUUGUAACAUCUGGGUAGCCUUUGAUAUUAUGUGCUCAACAGCCUCCAUCUUAAAUCUCUGUGUCAUUAGUGUGGACAGAUACUGGGCCAUCUCCAGCCCAUUUAGGUAUGAGAGGAAAAUGACCCCCAAGGCAGCCUUCAUCAUGAUCAGCGUGGCGUGGACUUUGUCCGUGUUGAUUUCCUUCAUCCCCGUGCAGCUGAACUGGCACAAGGCUACAACCACAAGCUUUUUGGACUUAAAUGCCAGCUUACAAGGUGUAAGCAUGGACAACUGUGAUUCUAGCCUAAACAGGAUGUAUGCCAUCUCCUCUUCUCUAAUUAGUUUCUAUAUACCUGUGGCCAUCAUGAUAGUGACUUACACAAGGAUAUACCGGAUUGCUCAGAAGCAAAUACGACGCAUCUCAGCUCUGGAGAGAGCAGCAGUGCACGCAAAGAACUGCCAGAACACGAGCGGCAACAGGAGCAGUAUGGACUGCCAGCAGCCAGAGAGCAACUUCAAAAUGUCCUUCAAGAGGGAAACAAAGGUUUUAAAGACUCUGUCAGUGAUCAUGGGGGUGUUUGUGUGCUGCUGGUUGCCAUUUUUUGUAUUGAACUGCAUGAUUCCCUUCUGCGAGCCUACCCAGACAUCCAAGGGAGCAGAGGCUUUCUGCAUUAAUUCCACCACCUUCGAUGUUUUUAUAUGGUUUGGAUGGGCAAAUUCUUCCCUCAACCCCAUCAUUUAUGCCUUUAAUGCUGACUUCCGCAAGGCAUUUUCGACCCUGCUGGGCUGCUACAGGCUCUGCCCAAUGUCUGGCAAUGCCAUAGAGACUGUGAGCAUUAACAACAAUGGGGCAGUAGUUUUUUCAAGCCAACACGAGCCCAAAGGGUCCAGCCCCAAGGAGUCUAAUCUGGUUUAUCUGAUUCCACAUUCAAUUAUCUGUCCAGAAGAAGAACCUCUCAAAAAGGAAGAAGAGGGUGAACUAUCUAAGACCUUGGAGAAAAUGUCUCCAGCACUGUCGGGUAUCUUGGAUUACGAAGCUGAUGUUUCUUUGGAAAAGAUCAAUCCCAUUACACAAAAUGGGCAGCAUAAAACCUGAACAGUAAGGUUUACUAAGCAAGACCCAACGGUGUAUAUUGUAAUAAUCUUUUGGGGAAAAAUACAAGAUUUUUUUGGUAAGAAACUAAGCUCUAGGGACAAAAAUACACAUUUACACCAAGCCCAGAAUUAAUUUUCCUGGCAUUCAAAGCAAAUUUAACAUUUUAAACAAUAAACACAAAAAGAUACUGGAAAUUGGUUUUAAAAAAAGAUGUUAAACUGUACUGUUCAUACUGAGGAAAAUACACAAAUUUAGAUACAGUGCAGUGACAAAGAAAAUAUUGCUUCUCUACACAGAGAAACCAAUUUUCAGCUUAAAGUGAGGCAAAAGAUAAAUGUUGAGUAUUUAAAGAUUAAUGUUUACUAGAAGUAAAAAGAUUGCUGUGUCUUGUGAUAGUGGGUGUUAACAGGUCCUAAUUAAAGACUGAGAGAUUGUAAAGGUAGGUAGAUGCCUUCUUAAAAUUAUUUCUGAAAAAUAAUUGAGCCUUAUAAUGAGAAUGGUUAUUUUUAAAGCUUUGGGAGGUAAUAUGUUGAUACUGGUUUUAUUUAUUUAUUGUUUUAAAUUGAUAUUUUUCAUAUGUUAUAACAGAUCUAGCUUUAUUUAUGUUAUUUAAGAUGUCUAAAUAAUGGGAUAUUUUUGGAGUGUCAUAACUGCAUUUUGACCAGUCAACCAGUCAGCACUUUAUUACAAACUCGGAUAGUCUGGAGAGCUGGUGAGGGGAAUAGAGGAAUGUUAAGAAGCUCAGCAAGAAAUGAAGGAAUCAACUAAACCGAUGCUGUGUGGAGUUCGUUUGCUUGUGGGCUUUUUUUAUUUUUAAGUGGGAUUUCUUUCAAAAGAUAGGACCAGCGUUGACUGAGUUGUGAAUUCUCUUCCCUUAUAAAAAUAAAAGAAAUUGCUGCUAUUUAUUUUUAAAAAGUUUCAUGUUACAAAGACUUUGCUAGAGUGUCAAGUUUGUGGAUCUGUAAAUACCUUAAAUAUGACUACAACCUUAAGAAGAAUCCAAUUUGGGAAGGAGAGCGUCUUAGGUAACAAUUCUUAGUAUAUAAUGUUUUGUAUUUAUGUAAGAUAAACAGCUUUCUCAGACUUUUCUUAUUUCAAGUCUUGGAUAUCUUUUCUGAACAAACACAAUGGGUUAUAAUGGUAGUAAAGAUGCCAAACGUCGUUAUCACUGGUGUUACUGCAGGACCACCCGGGUCAUUCUGUCUGUCUGCUGCUCUAUCACAGUCAGAACUAAAACGUGAGGUACCUGGUGCUUUACUUUGGGAACCGGGAGGACAUUACAUUUUAGUAAUUGCCGUGUCAAUAGUCCAUUCAAUAAGGAAUAGUGCCUCAUUACCAUUUUGGAUUAAGACAUUUCGAAAUAUGGAUGGAACUGCAGCCCCCACCUCAAAAUCCUCCUGUGAACUCCAAAAAAGUUUGCCAAUGUUUAAUUAAAAAACCCUGCUACUUCUCCAUUGUCCUUCUCUGCUGCUUCCCUUUGUAAUGCCAAAAGCAAUCGGUGAGCAUUAGCAACAGGAACAUUGGGUGUUAAUAGUCAGCAGCGUUCAAAGAAAUCGAUUUCUUUUCUGAAUGAGAGAAAAUACCCCUUGGAGCAACUUUUUCAUAACAUAUAUCAAAAAAAUGUGUUGUCAGGAAAAGAGAACUGAGAGGAAAAAAAAUUUAACAAACUAUAUACAUCCUGCAUCAGGUCUGUGUAUUUAUGUAUUGUGAAUGUUUUCAUAAUUUUAUUGCCUGUAUGCUGCUUUCAUACAUAUAAUAAAAUUAUUUUGUGAACAGAAGGUCAAAUAAAACAAUCUACAUUGCA